GCUAGCUAGGUGCCAGGCAAAAAACGACAAAACAAGUGCUUAUAAUUGAACCUAAGACAGUUUCUUACAUAUUCGGAGCAGCAGUACCCCGCCGCAUCGCUGUGAUAACUGUACGCACUCCCUGCUCAUACCGCCAAAACAAAAAGCUGCAGCAGGACUGCAGCCAUCAGCCGCGCGCACACCACCACCACAAAUACAAAGACGACGACGACGACGCCUAAAAACAAAAAAGAACAGGAUGGGCACAGGCCUCAGCCGACCCGACGGGAGCCCAAUAAACUUCGGCGACGCCGACGACGACAUCCGCGAGGCGUCCGAGCGUCUCCUGAAAGAGUGGAAGGAGGAACAAAAAAAGGCCGACGCCGCGGAAGCGCAACGCCAGGCCGAGCUCGACGAGAAACAACGGGAGUGGACAGCUUAUCUCAAUUCGCCGGAGUACGCCGCCGAGCAGCAGAAAAAACGCAAACAACUCGAGGACGCGUUCCAAGUGCUGAGGAGGAGGUUUCUGCGGGAGCACGGGGCGCGGUUCGGGCUCGAGGUGCCGCCUCCCUCCUCAUCGGACGACGACGAGGACGACGACGACGAAGAGUUACCCAAGAGGCCUUUCAACCCACAGGGCGGCGCGAUGCUCGAGGCGGCGUCGCGCGUGCUCGCGGACCCCGACGCGCCGCGGUCUCGUCAAGAGGCCGUCGAGCAGGUCAUGGCCGCGACGGAGGCUCUGGCGGCCGGCCGCGGUCUCCAAGAGGCGGUGGCUGCGAGCGGGCGGAGGGCAUUGGCGAGCCAGAAGCGGAAGCGCUCGGCGCAUCCGCUCAAGCGGAAGAUGCGGCAACGUGCGGGACGGAGCGACGAUGCGGCGGGAGGAGCGGCUGGCGCGGCGGCGCCGGGCCGCGCGGCGGCGCUCCGGGAACGAGUCAAGGCAAAACGCCGCGCGCGGCGCUCGCCGCCCUAG